AUGUUUAGCACACAUGGUUAUUGGAAGAUCAUCAAAUGGAAAAUAUGUCGUACAUAUUUUGUUAAAGGACAUAAUCAUGAGCUUGCAGCUCCGAGGAGUAGGCAUAAAUUUCCCUCACAAAGGAGAGUUUCUGUCUCUCAAGCGGCUGAAGUUGAAAUGGCAGCUCGUUCUGGUAUAUGUCAAAAAUUAAUUUUUGAGUUUAUGAGUCGACAAGCUGGAGGGAGAGAGAAUAUUGGAUGCACAACUAAAGAUAUCAGCAAUCAUUUGAGUUCUAAGAGGAUGAAGGAAAUGGAAGAAGGUGAAGCAUGCACUCUACUUCAAUAUUUUAAAUCAAAGCAAACAGAGAAUCCGUCCAUUUUCUAUGAAAUUCAACUUGAUUUUGAUAGUCAAAUAACUAAUAUUUUCUUGGCGGAUGCAAAAAUAGUUGUGGAUUAUGCUUAUUUUGGAGAUGUGGUAUGCUUUGAUACCACUUACCGCACCAAUAAGAAUUUACGACCAUUUUCUCCCUUCAUUGGUUUCAACCAUCAUCACGAAAGUGUAUUAUUUGGUGUCGCAUUACUAUAUGAUGAAACUGCUGCAUUUGGUCACACCCUUCUACUCAAUAAUAGACUUGCAACAUACUCAUGUGCCAUUCCCAACUCGGGUACCCAUCACAGCAGCAAAGAUCCAAAUUCACUCUCAAAGCUUUUAAUAUCAGAAGUUUAUAGGCUUUCAAGGCAGAUGAUUGGGUUAGACAACCAAUAA